AUGGCGGUAGUCAUCCGCGAGGACGAUCCAGUUACAAACACGAAAACCUCGACUUUGGUUAUUAGAGAAUCGACAACUCGAGAACCAGCAGGAGGCAGAGAGGUCGUCCUAAGGCCUCAAGAGGCUAGGUCUCCCGCACGGGGAAGUGGCUCACGAGAGCCACCCUUCAAGAGACUCAUCGUAGCAAACGAUGGUACAUGGCUGAACUCGGACGACGGUAGACUGACUGGGGAGCUCGCCAUCCCCAGCAACGUCACACGGCUGUCAAGAGCAAUCAAGCCUGUCAGCGCCGAUGGAAUACCGCAAGUUGUAUACUACCAUUAUGGCGUCGCCAGUCGAGGCAAUGUCGUCAGCCGUGUGGUCAUGGGCUCUACAGGGGAGGGUCUUGAGGAAAACGUCCGCGACGGCUACUCCUUCCUUGCAAACAACUACUCCACUGGCGACGAGAUCUUCUUGACCGGUUUCUCUCGCGGUGCAUUCACAUCCAGAAGCAUCGCUGGGAUGAUGGCGGUUGUUGGUCUCCUGACGAAAGCAGGCCUCAACUUCUUACCCGAGAUCCAUAGAGAUGUCCUGAAUCGUCGCAACCCGGACUACCGGCCCAGGAACAGAAAUGCACCGUUUCCAAACAAGCCAAGCGCCAGUGAUCCAAGAUAUCGAGAAGAACUAUACCGGCGCGGUCUCACACGGUUAGAUGUGUCGGUCAAGGCGAUCGGCGUAUGGGAUACGGUAGGCGCUCUGGGCGCCCCUCGCGUAGGGCUCCUGACCAGAGUCGGUCUUCAAGAUCAAGAAUCCGAUGAGAUGCAGUUCUACGACACCAAGCUCUCCAACAUCAUCGAAAACGCCUUUCAAGCGCUCGCCCUUGAUGAGCGGCGUACAGCAUUCCGCCCCGCCGUAUGGGAAAAGCCGCAGGGCAACCGCACAAUCCUCCGUCAAGUCUGGUUCCCCGGCGUGCACUCCAAUAUCGGCGGCGGUCACGACGACCAAGAGCUCUCCAACAUAACCCUCGCAUGGAUGAUGUCGCAGCUCGAGCCCUUCCUCGACAUGCGACUUUCCUACCUCCUCGACGAAGCUGACAAAACAGCCCAGUACUACCGCCAGCACGCCCGCGAGCCCGUGCGUCCCUGGUCCUUUGGCAAGAUAGAGAACUCUAACACAGGGAUCUAUGCCAUUGGCGGCGGCACAACCAGGACUCCGGGCACGUACUACGCGGUGGACCCCGAUGGCCGCGAGACGAGCCGCCCGCUAAGGGAUACGCAUGAGUAUAUCCACUCUUCCGUCCGCACACGGCUGCGGCUCGGUGGGCCGGGCAUCGACGACAAGGGCCGCUACGAUCCAGAAGCGCUGGACGACUGGAAACUCGUCGUCGAGUACCCGCCUGAUAGCGGCGGCGGCGGCGGCGGCAGAGGCAGCGAGCAGCCUAACAUCUACUGGCGGGCCCGCUUCAGAGAGCAGAACGUCAGCACGCGCGUACUCCCCGAAAGCCCGUUAUGGCGACUGGAGCGCGAGCUCGCGCAGCGGGACCCCGAGACCUACGAGUACGUGCUGUAUCCGCCUGAAACACGGCCGGAAAGAGGCGCGCCGCCUCCGCCACCGCCACAGGCUCGGGACCCGCGGUAUCAGGACGAAGGCCCACGUCCACGAGAUCAGCGGUACAUCGAUGAUAGGCCGCCCGGCCCCAGAGACGCGCCCAGGUAUGCAGAUGAGGGCCCUCCACCACGAGACCAACGCUACGUAGACGACCGUCCCCCGCCCCCGCUCGUCCCUCCCCCACCCGGCUACUUCGACGGCGGAGCGCCCCCGCCCCCGCCGCUGCCCCGAGACCCAAGGGACUUCGCACCGCGCGACCCACGCGACGAAGGCCCCCGUCCACGAGACGAACCUCGCUACGCAGACGAAGGCCCGCGUGCACGGGAACCGCGCUAUCCCGACGACCGCCCCCCUCCCCCACCCGGGUACUUCGACAGCGGCCCACCGCCUCCACUCCCCAGAGAUCCGCGAGACUACCCGCCGCCCGGCGACCCACGCGAUGAAGGCCCGCCGCCGCGGAUGGGCAGGUAUGCGGACGAAGAGCCGCCGUAUCCGCCGCCUGCGCCGCGAGAGCGGGAUCCAAGAGACUAUGCGCCCCGAGACCCGAGAGAUGAAGGACCGCCGCCGCGGAGAGGUCGGUAUGUGGAUGAGGAGCCGCCGUACCCGCCUGCGCCAAGGGAGAGGGAGAGGGAGGGGAGGUAUUAUGAGGGGCCGCCGCCGUCGCUGCCGAGGGAUCCGAGAGAUUAUCGCUGA